AGAACUGUGCGCGGUCGGCGCCGCCGGUUGAGAGCCUGGCCGCUCAAAAGUCAUUAUCGCGCAUCUUCACUUUCGAUCAAGCUGGUCAACAACAAGCGGCAAUGUUUACGAACGCCAGUUUGUAAUUAGGCCUGCGUUCGCGCACACCGCCAGCACCGUCGUCGCCGUCGCGUGUAGAUAGUUGUAGUACUGAUAGCUUGUGGGUUUUGACAUAAAUAUCAAUGGAAACUUAAGACGGUCGAUUAGAAGUACUAAAGAUUUCCUCGGAAGCGGCUAACCAUUGAGACUACCGGUGAAUACGGCUAGUGUACUUAAAAUACUUAGUUCGCUGCUCAAAAGCAAAAUGCUCCCAGGGACCGCUCAGCUGGCGCUUGCAGCGGCGCUCAGCACGCUGUUCGCUGCAACAGUCGAGGCUAAAAUAUUCAACAAAUGCGAUCUAGCUAAAGAGCUGGGCAAAAAUGGCAUUUCGCGCACCUUCUACGGUAACUGGAUUUGUUUGGCCAACGCGGAAAGUGGCAUGAAUACGGCCAAAGUGACCAAGUUGCCCAAUCUGACCGCCAGCUAUGGGAUAUUUCAGAUCAACAGCAAGGAAUGGUGCCGCGAAGGCCGCAAGGGUGGCAAGUGCAAUAUGAAGUGUGAAGAUUUUCUAGAUGAUAACAUUGCGGAUGAUAUUGAUUGUUCGAAGAAAAUUCAGAUGCAGUAUGGAUUCAACGCCUGGAACGUGUGGCAAAAGAAAUGCAAAGGCAAAGAACUUCCCAACAUUUCCAAGUGCAAUGUCUAGAUUCGGUGUCACUCCGCUGACUGCACGGAUAAAGUAGCUUUUAAGCAAUAUUGAAUCAUGUGAUACGAAUCAAUUCCUAUUUUGAGUGAAAAUUACAGUUCAAAUUCGGUUAGCGUUUUAAA